AACGUCUAUCACGUGCGCUGGCAGCACUGAAACAAUUUAAUUUUUGUGAAAAUUCAGCAUCCACUGACAAAGCUCGUAGCUGUAGUGAAACAGAAGUCAUAUCUUUAACAAGUUGUGCAUUUUGACUGAUUUUUCAUUCGACAAAAUUUUACUUCGCAAAAAAGGUUUUCGUGCAUUUAGUGAAGCUCACAGGGAUUUUCAACGACUUAACUGUAUUGCAAACGGUCAAUAUUUUGACAUUUUUCACUUUCACAAAUACAAAUAAAAAGAGAAAUAUCUCAACCUUUCGGAAUGAAUUCGACACGGCAAUGGUGCACUGUGCUGCUUGUGGUUGGAAUCAGUAUGCUGUUUAUAUCAGUCGCAGAAUCAGCACCGAGAUACUCUGGUUACUACUCAGAAAAUGUUGAUGAAACGCCGGAAGAUGUGUUGAUGGAGCUAAUCGCCAGAUUUGGACAGACUCUUAUGCGAGCCCGCGAUGAAGUGGCAAACUCGAAGCGAACCGUGGAUUUUGGAUUGGGACGUGGUUUGAGCGGUGCAAUUGAAGCAAAACAUCGCCUCGGCAUGGCCGCCGCAAAUUUUGCAGGUGGGCCCGGUCGUCGACGACGAUCUGAGAAUGCAGUUUAAAUCCAAUUUCAAUUAAAUGCUGUACAAAAUUAUGCCGAAAAGAUCCCAUGAAAUAGGAGAGCCAAAUCACAAUCUAUCUUAAUUUCGGUGUCAUAAGUUUUCAAUUUCGGGUUUGUUUUCGUAAUCCAUGGCCAUUUUGUCACAUCGUGACAUUAGUUUUAGCAUUGGACUUUCUAUUUUCUCUGAAUUUCUGGAAUUGUAUAUUAUUUUAGCAAUGCUUCAUUCUACAUUCGACCGUUACAAAAGGGGCAGAAAACAAUUUAUUUCAUUUUUUAGCGUUUUAUUUGCAAUGCUGUGCACUAUAGUAAAAUUUAAGAGAUAUCAGAUUUUUAUGUAUAUUUUUGUGACAACAUACCUUCAUUUCUCGCUAUCCAAAACAAAUAAAAGGAAUGUAAACGUAAUCCUAAAACAACAACAAUGAACAUAUAGAAAUGCAGAAACUACAAUAUACUAUAUAGCAUUUACAUUUUCAUGUUGAAAUAUUUCAACAAUACAGAAUUCACAUAAAAAAGAAUAUACCAAAAAUACUUUACACAAAAUAAACAUAUAUUUUUCUUGACUUUUAAUAAUAAAUGUUAAAUUGUAAUGGAUUUCUAAAAGAAAAACAAAAUGGCAUAAUAUACAAUGUUGAAUGAAUGGAUGAAUGACGUCGCUCUUGUUUGCGAAUGGGCUAAUUGCUCAUCAGUUCACUGGAAAUUCAAAGAGAAAAUUGUACGCAAGCCAACCAUUCAGCAGCCAAACAUCAUUCAUUCAAGCAAUCGGCUAUACAAAUUUUAAAUCAAAUAUUAUAAAUACAAAAACAAUUAAAAACAUUUAUCUAUGAAUAUGUAUUUCAUGUGAAAUUUAUUAUUAACAAAAAUACAACUAUUAACUAUUUAUGGUAUAGAUGUUGAAUUAUAGUAAAAAUGCUACAAAAAAAAUCUUAUAAAAAUGAUUAAUAUUCAACGUAAUACAUACACAAAAUUAACUUAAACAUUUAGUAUAUAUACCUCAUGCAAUCCAUCAGAAUCUUUCUCACCAUACUUUGAUCAAAAGUUUUAUUUUCACUUCUUUUCAUAUAUUUUUGUUCCAUUGACAUUUCUUAUUAAAAGAACAUUUGAACGAUGACAUCGUAUGAACAAUUGUAUUAAACGUAUUGAAAUAUUUAUGAAUAAAAGAUUUCUUUUUAUUUAUUUACCUGCAA